AUGUACGACAUCGACCUCUUUGAUGUCGACACGUCGGUCUUUGACGAGAUCAAGGCCCAGGGGAGCGUUGUCAUAUGCUACUUUUCGGCUGGGACGAGGGAGGAUUGGCGUGAGGAUGCCGACGACUUCCCUGAGGAAGGGCUGGGGGCGCCUCUCGCCGAUUGGGAUGGUGAGGUGUGGGUCGACGUCAACAACGAGGAGGUUCGCGCAGUGAUGGCGGCUCGGCUAGACAAGGCCGUCGAGAAAGGGUGUGACGGCGUCGAGCCGGACAACGUGCAGGUAUACGCGGAGAUUCUGUGGGGCGCCGACACGGGAGUCAACGUUACUGCGGACGAGCAACUCGACUACAACACGUUCUUGGCCACGGAGGCACACAGCCGCAACCUGUCGAUCGGUCUGAAGAACGAUUUGGACCACCUGGCUGAGCUGGAGCCGUUGUUCGACUGGGCCAUCAACGAAUGCAAAUGA